CGACCCAGGUAGUUUUGGAUUGACCCAAUAUGUAAUUAACUGGUGUAAAUGGAGAUGUUCAUCAUCAUGAAGGGGGUUGGCACGACCAAGUGUUAUUAGUUUAUCCUUCAUCUUUUUGGCUGGCAAGGAAGUUCUUAUCGGAGCGACGUAUAGUGACUUGGCCCACUGCUUCCUUUCACUUGUUGAAUCUCACCGUUCUCCAGUUCCAAAAACUAGCCGAAAAUUUAUAUAUGAGCCUUUCAAUUGAGAAGCAAACGUAACCGAGCGUUAUUAUUUAGAUCUGGAGGGGAUUUCUACGAUUUUUCUAGAUCUAAUUGGCGAAGGCUUCUUUGAAGUGUAACUACUUUCCAAAAAUGAAAGGAGUGUCAUCCACCUCCACACAUAUCGAAAUGCUUAAGAGGAAUGCCAAUAUUAAGAAGCUGCAGAAGAGGUCUUCUCCUCCCAAGAAAACCAAAGUGGUGGCUAAGGUGGCUAAAAGUGGAGUUGUUAAGAGGGAGUAUGCGGGCGUUGACAAUAAUUCGCCGGCAAUGAGGAGAGCACGAGAACUCCAAGCAAACCUUCCACCUGAAUUUCCUAGUCUGGUGAAGUUCAUGCUGCACUCUCACGUUACCGGCGGGUUUUGGCUGGGGCUUCCAAGACCCUUUUGUACCUCCCAUUUGCCAAAGCAUGAUGGUGGUGUUGUUUUGGUGGAUGGAGAUGACAAAGAAUGGGAGACGAAGUACCUGGUCAAAAAGAACGGUCUGAGUGCAGGAUGGAGGGGGUUCUCCAUAGCCCACAACUUGGUUUCCGGGGACGUCUUAGUUUUUCAGCUCUUGGAGCCUUGCAAGUUCAAGGUGUACAUUGUGAGGGAAAAUGCCUCAACUGAUAUUGAUUUCGCCGCCAUCAGUCUUUUGAAUUUAAGUCAUCAACCACUCUCUAUCGAAACCCAGGCAUGUUUGGAACAAAGAGGAGGAGGGGGAGAGGGGAUUGAAGACAGAGUGGUGUCAAUGUCAGAGCAUGGCCCUCCGGCGUCCCACUUGUCUGCCAACAGCUGUGACGAAGACGACAUUGGUGGCCUCAGAUUAGCCGACUCUGCUCUGGACUUCUCCCAAGUGAAAGACUUUGAGAGCUUCCACGUAUUCGCCAAUGGCUUGAUCAUAGACUCCGAGAUCCCCAGAGACCUUAGGGCCAAGUACUAUCGGCUCUGCGCCGCGCACAAGUCCUACCUCCACCAGAACCUCAUACAAGGGCUGAACUACAAGCUCAUCGCGGGCAUCAUCUCAGAGACCGUGAACAUUGCAGAUGCCAUUAGCACAUCUUCUUCCAAGCUAACAUCAGAAACAACAAUGGAGGCUUGGGACACGACUCUGAGGGGCUUCGAGUGUCUGGGCAUGAGAGUUGAGUUUUUGCGUGACCGGCUGAGAAAGCUCAUCAACCUGCUGUCUGCUUCCUCUGGGGCUGCCGCAACCAAGAGAAGGGAACAGCGCGCUGCUGCGAAAGCAGAGCUGAAGGAUCUCAGAAGAAGGAUAUCUGGUUUGGACGAAGAGAUUGAGCUUUAUGGUGAUAUUGGUAGAGUGGAGAUGAUGUUCAAAGAUGUGGCAACUGCUCCAUGGUGAUGUGUUUCUUGGUGUAUUUUUUUGUUAGGAAAAAAGAAACACAGCAUAUGAUAGUGCAUGGAAAGUGUGUAUACUUCCCUGUAUCCUGUUAGGUUUUUGUACAUAUGUUUUGUAACUAUUAGUGUGUGUGAGUGUGCCAUUUUGCAGUGGAGAAGGGCAGAUCAUAUGGGCACUCUUUUUACCAUAA